AUGGCUGGUCUCGUCAUCGCCGUCAAUCCCAAGGUCAAGUUUAAGGACGAGCAAAUCGAGGCUAUUCUAGACGAGGUAUUUAAAACUUACGGAGAAUAUAUCACCGAAGGCGUCGGUUUGUCUUUCGAGGGGCUUCAGCAGACAUACGACGACGGUGCUGGUGACGUGGACAGGGAUUUCGAAGCUCUUAAUCUUGUCCUGGACAUGCCCACUCCGGCUCCUCUCCCUUCUAUUCCCGCUGUUCCCGAGCCUCCUGCUGAGGUUCCUGCCGAACCUGAACCUCCUGCUCCGGUGGAGGAAGACAAGGGAGGAUAUAACUACUUGUCCACAAAGCACAUGGUGGAAGCCCUCGAGGCGCUUAUUCAGCAGCAACCACGCGCACAGGACAACCCUAACAACGUUCUCAGCAGCCCUGCGUUCACGAAAGCUGUCGCCGACCUUCGCUCGCAGUCGGAGAGCCUGUUACCCGUCGCAGCCGUCGUGGAGGCGAACAUGGCGAUGGGUCGCGCGCUGAUGAAGGUCGGUCGCACGGAGGAAGCGAAGCCGUCGUUUAUGCGUGUCGUGGAGAUUGAGCCGCAGAACGUCCGCGCGUACUUCCUUCUGGGGAAUGCGUACUACAGCAUGGGACAACUGGCACAGGCGCGGGAUGCAUACAGCCAGAGCCUCGAGGCGGGGAAAGCAGACCCCGAAGCGCACGCGACCAUCCUUCCUCAGGUGCACGUGAAUUUGGGUAUAGCGAUGGAGGCGGAGGGGCUGCUGAUGAACGCGUGCGACCACUACCGCGAGGCGGGCAUGCUGAACCCGCACCACCACCACGCCAUGAAGCUGCUUGGCAGCGCGCUCUACGGGCUCGGCGAGUACCGCGAGGCGGAGGAGGCGCUGCAGAAUGCGCUGUAUCUGGACCCCAAAUACGCCGACGCACACUGCGACCUCGGGUCGACGCUGCACGCGCUGGGCGACGACGUGCGUGCGGGUCAGGCGUUCGAGCGCGCGCUGAGUCUUGCGCCGGACCAUGUCGACGCGCUCUACAACUACGCGGGGCUGCUGCGCGACACGGGCCAGUUCGACGCCGCCGUCGACACGUACUCCAAGGUGCUCGCGCUCAGCCCGGGGCACUGGCAGGCGCAGCUCAACCGCGCCGUGUCGCUGCUGGGCGGCGGAAAAGGGGAGGCCGCGCAGCGUGAGCUGGAGGCGGCGUAUCGGCUGACGAACCGCGUGGAGCUGUACGAUGCGGUGAAGCAGCUGAAGCGGCUGUACAAGGAGAACAAGAAGAUGAGCUCCGCGCUCGCCAAGCUGCCAGAUAGGGGCGGGGAGGGUGCGCAAGGGGGCGCGGUGGAGGGGAGUUUCGUGGUGUUGGAUCCGGCGAGAAUGAAGGGCAGCGGCCCCACAGUGUGCAAUCCCACGGAGCUGGCUGUGGCGCUUGACGUCCGCGCCUACCAGCGCCACACGCGCCUCUCCAAGGUGCCGGUGGCAGCGCUGCGCGCCGAGCUCUCAGAGGCCAACUUCGAGGCGGCCCCGCGCGAGCGAAUGGUGCGAAAGGCGGCCAUCGAGCUGCUGCUGCGCCAGAUGCUCCCAGAAGCGCUCCCCCCAGAGACCUUCCAGCAGGCCGUGCGCGCCCUCAACGAAAAGGUCAUCUCAGCCGUCGAAACCGGCGGCGGCGCGGCCGCGGCAGCCGUUGAUCUGGGGCUGUUUCUGGCGAUCGUGGCGCUGCUGUGCGACGGGGCGGUGCCGGAGAGGAAGCUGGUGGCGUUUGAAGCGCUGCAGUGGCGGCGGGGGCGGCCGGAGGGCACCGCGGGCAAGAUCAUGCGGCGCGACGCGGUGGGGUUUGUGCAGCUGGUGCGCGAGAUCUACCUGCCGGGGCAGCCGCCCAUGCCCGAGGAGGAGAAGGGUGGCGAGGAGGGCGUGCCAGACGUGGGGUUGGAGCAGUUUGAGACCCUCGUGGAUGAUUAUUUCCCCAUUCUCUACACCCUGCGCAAGCUGGAGGUUUACGAUCGUACCCGGCACCUGGGCAUGUCGUGCGACGUGUGUCGAUACGCCAUAGUCGGGCUGCGCUACCGCGAGACCAAGUCGCGCUUCGACCUCUGCGCCACGUGCUACAGCGAGAGGAAAGCCCCUGCCAAGCACGCAGGCCCCUCUCUCCUGUCGUCACGUAACCGCGUGUUCACGUUUGCUGAGUACGUGACCGGGACAGAUAAGGUGAGGGAGAAGUUUGGGCUUGCCUCUCCCUCAUGCCUCUCCCUCAUGCCUAUCCCUCAUGCCUCUCCCUCAUGCCUCUCCCUCAUGCCUAUCCCGAGUGCCUCUCCCUCAUGCCUCUCCCUCAUGCCUAUCCCGAGUGCCUCUCCCUCAUGCCUCUCCCUCAUGCCUAUCCCGAGUGCCUCUCCCUCAUGCCUAUCCCUCAUGCCUAUCCCUCAUGCCUCUCCCUCAUGCCUCUCCCUCAUGCCUAUCCCGAGUGCCUCUCCCUCAUGCCUCUCCCUCAUGCCUAUCCCGAGUGCCUCUCCCUCAUGCCUCUCCCUCAUGCCUAUCCCUCAUGCCUAUCCCUCAUGCCUCUCCCUCAUGCCUCUCCCUCAUGCCUCUCCCUCAUGCCUCUCCCUCAUGCCUCUCCCUCAUGCCACUCCCUCAUGCCUAUCCCGAGUGCCUCUCACUCGCGCCUCUCUCUCCGGCCUCUCCCUCCGUGUGCACCAGGCGAUCACCAUCGUUCAAGUCGCGGGGUUCGGGGGAGCGGCAGAUGCGCUGGGGGGGGCGUCGUAUAACCCGCUCACCAACCUCAUCAACUACCUCGCUGACGAGGACGACGAGACGGCGCUCGGCUUGCUGCUGCGCCUCCCCGCUCAGGCAGGUGGCAUGGUGAUAGGUGCCAUGCUGACGUGGAAGUUCAUUCCGGAGUCUCUCAAGCACACAGUCAACGGGCCCGCGCUGCCACCUGGCGUCUCGGUAUUGGCCGGCGCGACAGCGGAGUUUACGCUCACGUUUCUGCUGUUCCUGGUGGUGAUGUGGACGCUGUUCCUGGGCCCCAGCAGCGACCGCUUAAAGGAAGUCAUCAUGGUCUCAGCCACAAUAGUCGCCAUUGCUGCUGGCAUGGGCUUCUCUGGCCCUUCCCUGAACCCCCUCUUUGCGUUCGGGUGGGUGUACACAUUGGAUCAGGAGAUGUCGGUGCAGCACUUCAUAGUCUACUGGGCUGCUCCCACCGCCGGUGCCGUGCUCGCAGCAGCCUUCUACCGAAUCUACCUGAAACCACACAAGGCGGCUCUUGAGGCGAAACGGCGGAAGGAGAGAGAAGGGAAGGAAGGGAAGGAAGGGAGGGAAGGGAAGGCUGGGGAGAGCGGGAAGGGGGAGGAGGAAGCAAUGAGGGCCAGCAGAGAAACAAAGGGGGUUGCGGCGGAGAGAGAGGGUGAGGGGUUGCGAAAACGGGUGGGUGUGGGAGCACGUGAAGAGGAGGAAGAGGGUAGGGCUGAGGUGAAUAAUGGUGGUGGUGAAGGGAGAAACAAAGCAGAGUGA